GGGCCGGCUGGCAACGAUUCCUGGAGACCACUAAGUCGCGACCCCGCCGGGCAGGCUGAGGGGCUCAUCCGUGCCCGGGCUGUCCUCGACGUAGCGCUGCUUCCAGCUGGGGCUUUUACCUAAGGAGCAGGGAAAGAGAAAGGGAUAAAGCUAGGAAACGGUGAGGGCAAGAAAGUCAAGGGCAGCAACCUCGACUCUGCUGGGGUGCUGGGUUGGUUUUUUUUUCUUAAUUUUCAAGGAAGGGGAAAUUUUGUUUCCUCCUGGGGCAGAGGCUGCCCAGAACCGGGCACACCUCUGGGAAGAAGAUGAUGCCUGUUCACAUCAGCCCUUGAACUCCGUGAGGCGGCUUGCAACUCGCGCCAGCGGCUCUUCGCUUUCCUCCGAUAUUGCCCCGAGGUCUCCUAACGAAAUCCAUUCCCCUCCUCCCUGUAUUGCCGCCAGUCGCCGCUGCCGCCGAGCAAGCAGGGAAGGGAGCGCUGGAGGAGCGGCGCGGCGGCCGCAGCGCGCCCGCCCGCCCCGGCUGCCGCCCGCAGAAGAUGCACUUCAGCACCGUCACCAGGGAUAUGGAAGCUAUCUCCAGCCCCUGGCUCACCCAGCUGUCCCAUUUUUGCGAUGUUGCAGCUUUCACGGCCAACAGCCUGAGCAGCCUGAACGCCUCCGGGGGGUACCACCUCUCCCCUUCCCCGGGGGACCCGUACGGACAGCAUGAGCCACCGCACUACGAGCCCUGCACGGCUCAGCAGCAUCCGCACCCGCCGCCACAGCCCCAGCACGGCUACCCCUUCGGCGGGGCGGCGGCGGCGGCAGCCGGGGCCAAUCCGCCGCCCCCAGGCCCCGAGCCGCCCGAGGGCGCCGGGGGAGCUGCCGCGGGGCCGGCCGCCGUCUCGGGUUGCUCCGCGGGGUCGGCCACCGCGGCCAAGGCGCCGGUGAAGAAGAACCCGAAGGUGGCCAACGUGAGCGUCCAGUUGGAGAUGAAGGCGCUGUGGGACGAGUUCAACCAACUGGGCACCGAGAUGAUCGUCACCAAGGCCGGCAGGCGCAUGUUCCCCACCUUCCAGGUGAAGAUAUUCGGGAUGGACCCUAUGGCUGACUACAUGCUCCUCAUGGAUUUCGUCCCUGUGGACGACAAGCGAUACCGGUACGCCUUCCACAGCUCCUCCUGGCUGGUGGCCGGCAAAGCCGACCCCGCCACCCCCGGGAGGGUGCACUACCACCCCGAUUCCCCGGCGAAAGGGGCUCAGUGGAUGAAGCAGAUCGUUUCGUUCGAUAAGCUCAAACUGACCAACAAUUUGCUGGAUGACAACGGGCAUAUCAUUUUGAACUCCAUGCACAGAUACCAGCCGCGUUUUCACGUGGUCUACGUGGACCCCCGGAAAGACAGCGAGAAAUACGCGGAGGAGAACUUCAAAACCUUCGUCUUCGAGGAGACGCGCUUCACAGCCGUGACCGCCUACCAGAACCACCGAAUCACACAGCUGAAGAUCGCCAGCAACCCUUUCGCCAAGGGAUUCAGAGACUGUGACCCUGAGGACUGGCCCAGGAAUCACAGGCCAGGGGCCCUGCCUCUCAUGAGUGCUUUUGCCAGAUCCCGGAAUCCGGUCUCUUCCCCGGCACACCAGAAUGGGACAGAGAAAGAUGCUGCCGAGAGCCGGCGGGAGUUCGAGCGGGAGGCGGCCGGCGGGACGGCGCUGCACGCCGAGGCCGCGCACCAGCAGCUCAUGUCCCGCGUGCUCAGCCCCGCGCUGCCGGGCGGCGGCGGCGGCCUGGUGCCCCUGGGCGGUGCGGGCGGCGGCCGGCCCAGCCCUCCCCACCACGAACUGCGCCUGGAGCCCGCCGCCUCGGAGCCGCUCCACCACCAUCCCUACAAGUACCCGCCGGCGGCGGCCGCCGCCUAUGACCACUACCUGGGGGCGAAGAGCCGGCCCGCGCCUUACCCCCUCCCCAGCAUCCGCGGGCACAGCUACCACCACCACCACCACCAUCACCACCACCACAUGAACGCGGCGGCCGCCAACAUGUACUCGUCGUCCGGCGCGCCCGCCAGCUACGACUACGGGCCCAGAUAACGGGGCCGCCGGCGGCGCGAGAGACUGGCAGCGCCCGCGCCUUCCGCGACCGUUACCGUCCUUUCCCCCCCUUCCCGCCUUUCCCCCUCUCCCCGCCUCACGAGUGAGCUGAUAGGCCAGCCUGUCCUCAUCGACACCCGCAGAGACCAAUCGCAGGAAGCCGGAGCCGCCGUCCCGCUCCCCACCCGUCGGCGGGCCGCGAGGCGGUGUGUGGUGAGGGGCCGGGUGCUGCCCGCCGCGGUGUGACCCCGCAGCUGCACUUUGAUAAAUGAAGCCAUAU